GUGAGCCCAGUCCGGCUCGGACAGAAAGCUCAGUAAAGGAGUGUAGUUAUCAACAUCAGCACGAGCACUGAGUGAUCGUCCUGAACCCUCAGAAUGCAUGGGGGCAAAAGAGGACUGGUGGCUCCGCAAAACACUUUUCUGGAAAAUAUCGUCCGGCGCUCCAGCGAAACCAGUUUCCUGUUGGGGAAUGCUCAGAUUGUGAACUGGCCGGUGGUUUACAGCAAUGAUGGAUUCUGUAAACUAUCAGGAUACCACAGAUCUGAAGUCAUGCACAAGAGCAGCACCUGCAAUUUCAUGUAUGGUGACCUGACAGAUAAGAAGUCUAUUGAUAAUAUCAGAAGGAACUUUGAUAACUAUGAGUCCAACUUCUAUGAGGUGCUGCUCUAUACAAAGAACAGAGCCCCGAUAUGGCUUUACAUGCAGGUCGCUCCGAUCAGAAACGAAAACGACAAGGUGGUGCUUUUCCUCUGCACCUUCAGAGACAUCACACUCUUCAAACAGCCCAUUGAAGACGAGUCAACAAGAGCAGGAUGGACAAAGUUCGCCAGGCUGACCCGUGCACUGACCAACAACCGUACCAUGGUGCAGCAGUUAGCUCCACUGAGCCAGACUGAGGUCACCCACAAGCCCUCCAGAUUGGCUGAGGCUCUCCAACUGGGAUCGGACAUCCUCCCUCAGUACAAACAGGAGGCCCCCAAAACACCUCCCCACAUCAUCCUCCACUACUGCACCUUCAAAACCACCUGGGACUGGGUCAUCCUCAUCCUCACCUUCUACACAGCCAUCAUGGUGCCCUACAACGUCUCCUUCAAGACCAGGCAGAAUAACCUGGCGUGGCUUGUGCUUGACAGCGUGGUGGACGUCAUCUUUCUGAUCGACAUCGUGCUAAACUUCCACACCACGUUUGUAGGUCCCAAUGGGGAGGUGAUUUCAGACGCCAGGCUGAUACGGAUGAAUUAUCUGAAGACAUGGUUUGUCAUUGACCUGCUAUCCUGUCUGCCCUAUGAUAUCAUCAACACCUUUGAAAAUGUAGAUGAGGAUGUCAUCACAACUGGGACUCGAGGACAUCACAUCCGGGAGUCUUCAAACUUCCACAGAAAUAUUACACGGACAGAGGACUCUGUGCUCCCAGGUAUCAGCAGCCUGUUCAGCUCCCUCAAGGUGAUCCGCCUGCUCCGCCUCGGCCGUGUGGCCCGCAAGUUGGACCACUACCUGGAGUACGGAGCAGCCGUCCUGGUUCUUCUUGUGUGUGUCUUUGGCCUGGUAGCUCACUGGCUGGCGUGCAUCUGGUACAGCAUCGGGGACUACGAGGUCAUAGAUGAGACCACCAACACCAUAAAGACGGACAGCUGGCUCUACCAGCUGGCCCUCAGUAUCGGUACUCCGUACCGCUACAAUGCCAGCGGGACUGGGCAGUGGGAGGGUGGUCCCAACAAAGACACACUGUACAUCUCCUCUCUCUACUUCACCAUGACCAGUCUCACCACCAUCGGCUUUGGAAACAUCGCUCCGGCCACAGACGGAGAGAAGAUUUUCUCUGUUGCAAUGAUGAUGGUUGGCUCGCUGCUGUAUGCCACCAUCUUUGGAAACGUCACCACAAUCUUCCAGCAGAUGUACACCAACACAAACCGCUACCAUGAGAUGUUGAACAACGUGCGCGACUUCCUGAAGCUUUAUCAGGUUCCCAGAGGUCUGAGUGAGCGAGUCAUGGACUUUAUUGUGUCAACCUGGGCCAUGUCCAGGGGCAUCGACACAGAUAAGGUUCUCGCCAUUUGUCCCAAAGACAUGCGUGCAGACAUCUGCGUCCACCUCAACAGGCAAGUGUUCAAUGAUCACCCUGCGUUCCGUUUGGCCAGUGAUGGCUGUCUGCGCUCCCUGGCAGUCGAGUUUCAGACCACACACUGUGCACCUGGAGACCUCAUCUUCCACAUCGGAGAGAGUGUCGACACACUCUGCUUCGUGGUGUCCGGCUCACUCGAGGUCAUUCAGGAUGAUGAGGUUACCGCAAUACUAGGAAAAGGUGAUGUGUUCGGAGAUGUGUUCUGGAAAGAGACUACGAUGGCUCGGUCUUGUGCAAAUGUUCGGGCUCUGACUUACUGCGACCUGCACGUCAUCAAGAGGGACGCUCUGAUGAGGGUGCUGGAAUUCUACACUGCUUUCGCCAACACUUUCUCCCGCAACCUCAUCCUCACCUGCAAUCUACGAAAACGGAUCAUCUUCAGAAAGAUUGCAGAUGUGAAGAGGGAACAAGAGCGCCAGAGAACUGAGGUGACCCUCUCCAUCCCUGACGACCACCCAGUUCGCAAGCUGUUCCAGAGGUUCAGACAGCAGAGAGACGGUCAGACACCAGGGGAAAUCAACGCUUACUGUGACAAUAACUGUGUGCAGGUGGACUCAAACCCAAAAGCUGUGUCCUGCCAGCCGCAAGCCGUGCAGAAUAAUUCACCCAGCAAAGGAGGCCUGGCUGCACCUCCACUAGCAUUCGUGCACACUGAGAAGUCAGAGCAGAGCUGCACAGAGGAGGCAGGGGAGUCUAAAUCUAGGCCGUGUGCGGAGAAUCAGGUGUCCCGCCCUGUGAGGAGCAGCGGUGUAGGUGGAGAGGGAGCUGCAGGCGGUGUUACAAGUGGCAGAGGUUCUCGAGGUUGGGCAAAAUUUAGAAAUGCAGCUUCUGCUGCACCACUGCCUCCUGCUGUGGAGCCUGAGAAGCAGCCUAAGAAAGAGGAAGAGUGGCCAAAGGGAUCCUCUGAACAAUUAGAGGCAGCCUGCAAGAUCCAGGAUUCAGAGGAAGGUGGAGAAACAGGGGGCAAAGAGGGAGGAAACAGUGCCGGAGAAGGAGGUGAAGAAACAAGCGCCCUGCACAAAACAGACUCAUGUGACAGCGGCAUCACAAAGAGCGAUCUGCGCAUCGACCGAGCUGGAGAUUCAAGAAGCUCAUUUGAAAGAAGCCCGAUGGAAAAGAGCCCCAUGGAGAAAAACCCAUUUGGGCUCAGUCUCGGGGUUGACUCCCUCAAACAAUCUUUCCUUCAGCCGGCCCCCGAACAAGCCCUCCUUCACACCAUCCUGCACGACGCCAAGCUGGAGCUGAAAGCAGACAUUCAGAUCCUGAGCGGCCGCCUGUCGGUGCUCGAGUCUCAGGUGAGCGAGGUCCUCAGGCUGCUGUCGGUUAAAAGAAGACUGUCGCUGCCGCCGACAUCGUCCCCGAAGGCCAGAGUGAAAAAUCAAGACUCGGUCUCUGCUUCCUCCAAAAAAGAUGAUGGACCUUUUUGAAUUUCCUGACCUCUUUAAAGACUGAUUUAUAGAAGCACCAGUUUGCAUGACCUGCAGGACUGCCAAAGAAGUUACUUGCAUUAAACACUUGACUGCAUGCAGAAAUCCCUUUCAUGUAAGCUUAGCACAACAAAAACCCAGGGCUCAUUCUUGCAGGUUUACAGUUUACUUAUGAAGGACUUUGUUCUCCUUCCAAUGCAAAUGAGAAAGACAAAAAGGAACAGGAGCAUUAUGAAACAAUCCUUUAGAAGAGUAAUGAAUAGGUUCUUUUUAAAGAGUUACAAACACCUGUAGCUCUUCUUAUCUCAUGAAUGAUACUCUGAUGAAGGCUUCUCAGCCUGACGGGACGAUUAGUGAAAAGAGAGGAGCUAAAUCUAAUCUACAGUCUUUAAAAAAACAUAUACUUUGUCUUUCUUUCUGUCAUUUUCAGGUUACUCCUGGUUCUUGAUGUUGAAUUGAAGUUUUGGCACAACUUUCAGAAUCACUCAUUUACAGAUCACUUUAGAGACAGUGAACCACCUCUGGAGUCAUUAAUUGUCAGGUAAUGACAUGUGCCUUAAAAUAUCAAAGCCUCAGUCUGAGUUUUAUUGAUGGUAUGUGUUCAACUCCAGGUAUUUAACCCUUCUUUUAAUUUUCCACAGAACAAAAAGGAAAAAUAGAAACAUACAGAAGCAAAAUGAUGGAACUUUAAGAUAUUUUUUGUGUACUUUGGACUGAAUUUGUUGCUUCUCUGUGCUAUCAUUUUAUGACCUGUUUGGGAACUUUGAGCGUUUUUCUUAUGCAUGUGAAAUAGGAAUAGGAAUGCAAAUCUAGACAUGGAUCUUCUAUAAAUUUGUAUUGAAUCGUUCAAAGAUUUAUUUACCGCCGACAACAUGUGAGAAAUUGAACAGGUAACUGCUGCAAACUUCUUGUUCCCCUUUCAUGUAAAGUCACCUCUUGCUCAGGUACAUUCACCCCAAGUUUGAAUAUAAACAAUGCUGUGAGUUAUUUUCACCAUUUGUAGAAAAUGUUAAAUGUUACACUAAAGCUAUGCAACUCUAAAUAUGUUCAGUUUCUAGAUGACAAAUACCUUAAAUUAACUUCUUGAUGCUUCCUUGUUUUCUGUGUGACCAUGAGUGUGUACGGCCUGCACAGAUAUGAGCAUGUGGCUGAUGAUGAUCUCUUUUAUAUCACAUAUGUACAAUCAAUGAUUUUGCAUGCAUUCAGGGAUAAUGUCAACAGUGAAAUUAAUAAUAAUAACUGAUGCCCGUUUA